UGAAACAGUGAACAGUGGAAAAAGAUACAAACUGUAAACGGAAUCUGUACAACAUUAAAACAUUGCAGGAAGGUACUAAUAUUAAAAGCAGUAUAAUGAGGAUCGAAGAUUGCUUGUGUGAGUGUAUAUCAUCCCCGCGAUGGCUUAUUGUUCGCAUCAUCCUCUAUUUUUUAUCAGCGAUUCUUGGUAUCACAGCCGCUAUUUCCAUGGCAAUCGCCAGAGGAGCAUUCUAUCAGAAGAUAUUACAUCCAAAUGGGAUAUGUGUCCUCUAUGGAAGCACGACGCUGAAAGGCAUAGACUACGGCGAAGACGAACCAAUUAGAGUACUAACGUUCAAUGAAGGCAGUAAUGCAACGUGCAACUUUAUAAUUGCAAUUAACUCGAUUACAACCAUUGCACUGCCACUCAUACUGGGAAUCAUCCUCUUGAUAAGCAUAAUCAGACGGAAAUUCAUUGUGGACAUGAUGCAGAACAAGAUGGUCGAUAUUGGAAUGCUGAUAUUUUCAUGUACUGUACUUAUAUUUGCAUUCAUAUCAGGAGUGAUAGCAUCGUCAGGAUAUAGUGCUUGGUGUUCCUCUUUGUUUGAGUCCUUUAAGUCGGCUAUCAAAGAAAUUGCCGAAAGGGAGGGGAUAUCUGAAGAUGAUUUGACUAGAGGACUCAACUCCUUAAGAUGUCACCAACUUCCUCUGAAAAUGAAAGCUCAACAGACAGACAGCUGGAAAGAUGCAGAUGACAUAAACUACACUGGACCGAUGGACUCUCUUGAAGGAGCAUCAUGGGUUCUUGUUGUCGUCUGGACUGUAAUUUGUAUCAUAGAACUGCUAACAUUGUUUGUUAAUAGACGUCGUGUAAGAAGGUCCACGUCUAAAACAACUGGCACUGUUCCUGAAGAGAAAUAUUAGAUUAGUUUAUAGACAUGUCACAUGUAGACGUCACACCAUAUUGCAGCACUGAAGUAGCAUUCGUGAAUUCAACUGCCGGCUGACGGUUAACCUACUUUUAUGCACAAGUCAUUUAAAUAUGAGUUGUGUUGUUCCCAUUGCAAAAUAUUUUGUACGGCAUCACACUUAAAAGAAUUAUUUUUUACAACGCCAAAUUUUUACAAGGUACUGCCUUCUUGAAAUAUUGAAACUGAUAUAAUAUGAAAAUAGAAUCUAAACUCACUAGAAUCUGAAAAUAGCCUCUAAAACUCACUAGAAUGUAAAAAUAGCCUCUUAUACUCACUAGAAUGUAAAAAUAGCCUGGGUGCAUUAUAGUGGGUUCGUGAUCCAAUUAUUUGAAAUACUGUGUUCUGAUUGGCUAGAAUUUGACACACCUUGCCUAGCUACAUGUACAUGUAUUUGUGAAUUUUCUUUAAAGUCUUCCUGUGGAUAGAUGAUUGCAAGUGUUGGGUCGAAAUCACAAUAAUUCACUUUAUAAACCUUUGUUUUCUUAUGUGAUUAUAUACUAUGCGCCGAUUAUCC